CGAUUUCCAAUUCUGUAUAUGUAGUAAACAAUGACGGUAUCUGUUCAAGACAAUUUUGUCCGAUGCACAAUUCAGCUGAAGAUAAGAAGGCGUUGUCUUCGAUUUUCUUGAACCUCCAUCGCUCCUUCCAGCUCUUGAGAAGUACUGAUAGAUUUUCUCCCUCCCACUCCCAGCAUCACUAAAACUUGCCAUGCCCAUGCGCAUUUUGAUCAGUGGAGCUGGCAUCGCUGGCUCCACGGCGGCUUGGUUCCUAGCAAAGACUGGCGCACACAUUACCGUCGUGGAGAAAGCGCCUUCUCUACUUCCCCACGGACAAAAUGUUGAUAUCAAAGGCUGCACUUUGAAAGUCGUUCGGAAAAUGGGCCUCAUGGAAGAAUAUCUACGACACGGUACCACAGAAAAGGGUACACAAUUCAUGGAUCCAAAUGGAAGGCCAUACGCAUCCUUUCCCGUUGAAUCUGUUAGUAUGACUUCGGAAUACGAGAUUCUUCGUGGAGAUUUGGCGCAGAUUCUCUACGAGGCAACGAAAGGGUAUCCGAACAUCACCUACUUAUUUGAUACUACGAUUAGUGAGGUCACAUCAAACGGCGAUGACUCUGUCGAGGUUAGAUUGAGCAAUGGAGAAAUCCAAAAAUCCGACAUCUUGAUCGCAGCAGAUGGUCAAUGGUCAAAAGUGCGAAAACGAUGCUUCCGGCCGGAAGAUGUCAGCACAGUUGAUAAAGGCAUGUACGGUGUCUACUACACGAUUCCGCGACUUCCCAGCGACGAGUCCUGGUGGAGCAUCUACCAGGCUCUCGGAUCACGGAUCGUCAGCCUCAGGCCUGACCCCCAUGGCACCAUGAGAGCUCUGCUCACCAUCAUGCCUUGCAACGAUUCCCAGAAAACGGCGUGGCAGGCAGCAUCCAAGAGCGACAGACAGACACAAGAGGAUUUGUUGAGAAGAGACUUCGCAGACGCAGGAUGGCAAGCGCAAAGACUCCUGGACUCCAUAAGUGAAGCGCCCGAUUUCUACUUCCAAGACGUUCAACAGAUCAAGAUGUCCAAAUGGUCAUCCUCUCGCAUCAUCUGUCUAGGAGACACAGCGUAUGCACCAACGCCGCUGACGGGAAUGGGGACUUCGUUGGCUAUCACUGGGGCUUAUCUCCUGGCAGGAGAAUUGAGCAAGCUUGGCGAUGAUGAACAUCCUGCCAAAGCAUUCGAAGCCUAUGAAAACAUGUUUCGCCCAUAUGUUGAGUCCGCUCAACAGAUUCCAUUCUUUGUCCCCGCUAUUGCUCAUCCGGAGACAGCAUGGAAGAGGUGGUUGUUUGGGGCAGUUAUGGGCACGCUCGCUAAGAUCUUUACAGUGCCUUGGUUGGCGAGAGCAUUCAAAGAUUACGAAGACAACGAAGAUGACUUUGCGCUACCGGAAUACUCGAUCUUUGAGGAAGGAGGCUCCAAAUGA